AUGUUAUCCGCAACUGCAGGCGUCUUCAUGAUAGGUGUGGUGAUGCCAUGCAUCGAGGUUUUACCAAGGAGAAUUCACUGCUUAAGGAAAUUAUUAAUACUAAGUGCAUUUAUUUGUCAUGAUAAAAAACCAUUUCUGUAUUUGCUGGAAGCGGCUACUCGUCACAUUUUCCCCAGAGUUUGGUAUACAGUUAAAAUUUUCGUUUCUUUAUGCAGUCAUCCGCUUCUACGCAAUGGCAACCAGAAAAAAGAGAGUAGCAAAAGAAUAAAACUGAAAGGAGCUAGAGCUACAUCCUGUUCCAGUGGUUUAUUAAAAUGGCUAUACCAAGAGCAAGAGCAAUUGGGUUCUCAAGCUUUCCGUCGUUUUCUUCAUAUCUUAAUUGGAACUCUAGAGCCAACUCCUGUUUAUUCAACUGCACGGUAUCAAUGCAAAUGGUUAGUAAAUCAAUUAUUUCGCGUGGAUGCGUCACUUGUUCUGCUGUGCAAGAAUCGUCUAGUCCUUCGGGUAGGUUUCUCCAUUCUUGGCGCCAUGGCUGAAACAAAGGCAACCAGUCCCGCUGAAGCAAAAGCAUCAUCCUCAUACGCGAAUGAAACGAAAGACGCAAAUGCUGGUGAAAAGGAGGAAGUGAAGGCAGCCCCAAAAGCAGCUCCAGCAAGGCCCAAACCUGCAGCAAAGGCUCCUGCCAAACCACUGCCAGAAUUGAUGGCGGAGGAUGUUAUACCUUCACUGAAAACAAUACUUGAAGCUCAUGAUGACCUCUCUGAAAUUGAGCUCUCUUUCCAAGACAACAAGUUGGAAGGUUCAUUCCCGAAGAAGGGCUGUUCCUACUCAUUCUGGGCCUUCUUCCCUAAUGGAAUCCUUACAGGUUCAAAAGGUUUUGCAUUGUCUUCAUAUGGCUCAGGAGCUAGUACCGUCGAGCCCUUCCUAAUUGAUGAGAAGAAAAUUACAGCAAAACAUGUAGUCUUUUGGGUUGAAAAGCGUUUAGCAGCCCAAGGAAUUAUUCCUGUCCGGAAGAAUGAUAUAUAGCAUUAAAACAUGCCAUGUAAUUAUACAUAUCGGUAAAUAACGCUCACAUAUAAAAUUUUUCAAUUCAUUUAACAAAAUAUUGCCAAAUGUAUAUUUUUGUUUUAUAAUUUGUCACUGGUCGAAACUUAAGUUUCGAUUCAUGCAAU